GUCUUAUGUCUUCUCUCUCUCUUUUUUUUUUUUUUUCUCACAACCCAAUUAACAUUUGAACAUCAUUAUACAUUCACUAUUUCUAUCAUACGGAUCCAAAUGGAUAUAUUUGGCUGUUUUUGCUUGUGUAUGACUAGUUUUUGUUCAUUUGCCAUCACAAAGUUCUCUUGGUUUUGAAUUCUUUUAGAUUGUUCUUGGCAGGGAUGGCUGAAUGAUCUAAUUGAGUCUAAUGGUGGGAAGAAGUUUAGUAGUAGUAAAUCCUUGUUCUAUGAAGCUCCUCUUGGUUAUAGCAUUGAAGAUGUUCGGCCUUGCAGUGGAAUCAAGAAAUUCAGAUCUUCUGCUAACUCUAACUGCAUACAAAAACCAUCCUGAGUUUCCAAAAUUUUUCACAUAACCCUGCAAGCUCUCACAUACUGCAACGUCAUCUAAUCAGUUUCUUCCUUCUUACCUUGCUCUCUUGUUCUCUCUUCUUGCAACAUUGUUUGUUUCUUAAUACAGUAUGGCUUUUUCUACUUCUGCUAUUGGAUUUGAAGGCUAUGAAAAGAGGCUCAAGGUUUCUUUUUUCAAGCCUGGUGUGUUUGCUUACUCCAAUUGGACGGGCCUCCGUUCUUUAUCCAAAUCACAAUUGGAUGAAAUUCUGGAACCUGCUCAAUGCACAGUUGUUUCUUCACUGUCUAAUGGUUAUUCCAAUUCAUAUGUUCUUUCAGAAUCAAGCCUCUUUGUGUAUCCUUACAAGAUUAUUAUCAAGACUUGUGGGACUACAAAAUUGCUUCUUUCAAUCCCUGUCAUCCUUAAGUUGGCUGGUAACCUUUCACUCUUUGUACGGUCUGUUCAUUACACUCGUGGGAGCUUCAUAUUUCCUAGGACUCAGCCGUUUCCACAUCGCAGUUUCUCUGAGGAAUCCUUGAUGGCUUCUUUGGCAAGCUUGGUUCUGGCAGCACAGCAUGUGUGAUGGGAAGUCCUGAUAGUUCAAAGAAAUGGCAUAUUUAUUCAGCUUCUGCAGAAAACAGGAGUAAAUCUGAUCCUGUUUACACGCUGGAAAUGUGUAUUGACUGGACUGGACAAAAAGAGGGGCAUCUGUCUUCUACAAAACACAUGCAAGUUCAGCAAAUGUGAUGACUGAAGAUUCUGGUAUCAGGAAGAUUCUUCUGCAGUCUGAGAUAUGUGCUUUUGAGUUUGAUCCUUGUGGUUACUCCAUGAAUUCAGUUGAAAGGGGUGCAAUUUCAACAAUCCAUGUUACACCAGAAGAUGGUUUCAGUUAUGCUAGUUUUGAGGCAGCAGGUUAUGAUUCUAAAAUGGCGAAUUUGGCCCAACUGGUUGAGAGGGUUUUGGCUUGCUUCAAGCCAGCUGAGUUAUCUAUAGCAUUAGGUGCUGACAAUGGACUUGAAUGCAGGAUCCCACUUGACUUGGAUGGAUACUUUUGCAAAGAAAGAAGCUUUGCAAUGGUUGGCAAUGAUGGUUUUGUCACUUUCCACCCCUUUCUUAGGGCUGCUGAAGUCUGUUUCUCCCAAGUCCAUCCUGAAAUGCUGCUGGAGUGACGAUGAGAAAGAGGAGAAAAUCCUACAGCAUGGGCAUGUUCCAUGCCUACUCAGUGCUCUUUAGGUUUGAACCCCAACAUUGCUGGGUUGAAUGAUACGACUCUGAACCAUGGAGAAAAAUGGAGCUUUCCUCUACUGCCGAAGUGAGCACUAGAGGAUAAGGUAGCUUACUCGAAAUUUAUGGUGUUAUUUAUUUACUUCACUCGAAAUGUUGCAGACUUGCAGUGUUAUUUUACAGUGUGUGUUUGUUAAACACUAUAUUUUGACUUCUGCUAGUGUUAUUUUGCAUGAAUAAAUGUUGUGGGGCUUU